AGCAGCAGCCACAUCAAUUUCAAUAGACCUAAACGAAAAAAAAAAAAAAUAAAUAAAUAGAGCAAAAAGGAAAUAAAAUCUCAAGUACCGUUUUCAACAUGCAAAACGAAUCUCAUUGCAACAAUUUAUAACUGUGCGUGAUUUCUAUUUUGUUGUUUGUUGUUUGUUGCCCGUUGUCAUGCAUUUUGUCACACAGCAGCGGCAACAACAACAACAACAACACAAACAAACACAGCAGCAAAAGUCAACAACAACAACAAACCGCUUUGUGUCGCUCUGCAAAUCUUCCAGUCAAGGCGCUUUGCCCAAGUCUUUGGCCACUGCUCAAAGUCCGCUGCGGCAAUCCUCACAACAACAACAACAACAACCCAGGCAUAAGCGAGCCGCCAGCCUUACCUUGCACUCCAUGCGAGAUUCGAUUGGCGAUGACAUCACGAGCGCAACAACAACUACCACAGCAACUGCAGCAACAAACAGCUUCAACGGCAGCCAGCUAAGCAGCAAGCUAUUGACCAUUCAGGAGGCCGCCGGCACUCUAGAGCGCAGCAGCAGCAUCACUCUUGCCACAGCAUUGUCUUCAGCACAAGCCACUUCCGCUCCUGUUGCCGCUGUCAUCUGUCAAGAGACACAACUCAACAGCAGCAGCAGUACCAACAACAGCAACAGUAACAAUACCAACAACAGCCACAAUACCAGCAACAACAGCCAUCAGAACGUAGAGCCUCCCAGUCCGCAGGCUGCAAAUACGCCUUGCAUAAGCAUAAGCCAAGCAGAGUCCAAGGAACAACAACAGCAGCAGCAGCAGCAGCAAUUGCUGCUCUCUCAGAGCCUCGACUCGAACGGGCAGCAGGCUGGCUCCUGCACGGACAGUCCGAGCAGCCGCAAGAGCUCGACCAGCUCCAAGGGCAAGUCAGCCAAGCUAUCCACAUCGAGCAGUGGACGUGAUGAGGAUGCCCAGAGUAAAGUGAGCGAAUCGAAUAGCACAGAAGGCGUUCUACUACGUGGAGAUCCCACAUCGAACGAUAAGCCCAACAAGGGCACUUCGCGACUCUCCGAACGCGCCAAGAAGAAGUCCUGGUAUAACGUCAUCUAUCCCAACUAUAAAUCUCGAGCCGAGGACUUUAAGAAACUCUUCAAAGAUGUUCCCAACGAUGAGCGACUAAUUGUGGACUAUUCGUGUGCGCUGCAGCGUGAUAUAUUGGUCCAGGGCCGUCUGUACGUGUCGCAGAACUACGUUUGCUUCCACGCGAACAUCUUCAGCUGGGAGACUUAUGUGAGCAUCAAAUGGAAGGAUGUGACGGCCAUAACGAAGGAGAAAACAGCGCUGGUCAUACCGAAUGCAAUAACAAUAUCCACCGCCAAGGAGAAGUUCUUUUUCGCGACAUUCGCAUCGCGUGACAAAUCGUAUUUGAUGCUCUUUCGCGUCUGGCAGAAUACGUUGUUGAACAAGCAAUUCUCACCGCAAGAGAUCUGGCGUUAUGUGCACAAUUCGUAUGGCGACGAACUGGGCCUGACCACGGACGAUGAGGACUAUAUAGAUCCCACGCUGGAUGCGGAUACGGAAACUGAUGUAGACUUCCAAACGGCCAUCGACGAUUUUGGCGGCGAUCAAAGUCUGUGCAGUCAAAGCACCAACAACUCGGGACAGCUGCAGCAGCAGCAGAGCGGCAACAGCAGCGCCAGCAGCGGCGGCGGCAGUGCUGCGGUGCGUAAAUCUAAAACGAAAUAUUUCUUCAACUCGAGCAAGUCGUCAAACCUGAACUCAUCGGCCAACGCCUCGGCCAGCGGCUCGGACAACAAGGCGAGCGACAAUACACGCAAAUCCAAUAAGAAAAUGAAGGCGAAUACCAAAGAGCUGAUCCUCAGCUCCGUCAAGACGUCGGAGCAGUCGGUGGCUGUCACCGUCAGCGUGCCCAGCGGCAACAGCAGCAGCAACAGCCACGGCCACGGCCACAGCACCAGCACCAGCACCAGCACAACAGCAGCCACCGCAACAAGCACAGCUGCCACAGCAACAACAGCGACUGCAAACACCACAGCCAGUGGGUCAGCGAAGGCUGAGAAGGUCAGCAGCAAUGCGAGUCUGGCAACUGCUCCCGAGCUCCAGUCACAUGGCUCGGAUGCCAAGCGCAAGAUGCAAAUGAAAAACCAGAGACAACGCGACGCUGAGCUGGCGGUCAAAAACAACGAGGCGGGACCCACAGACGUGUCCGACUCCUCCGACUCUGAAGUGAACAAUGCGCCCUUUGUGCCCAGCACGGAGUGCACCUCAACCCACGAGGGCAGGCAGAUUGUGCACACCAUAUUGCCCAUACGCGUGGAUACCCUGUUCAAUUUCCUGUUCUCAAAAUCCAAAUUCCUAACGGACUUCCAUGAGCAACGCAAAUCAACAGAUCUGUCGCUGGGCGAGUGGCACAAGAAUGAGGAGGGCCAGAAUGUGCGUGUGGUCAAUGUGACUGUGCAGUUGGCCGCUUCCGUGGGCCCAAAGACUUCCAAGGUCACGGAGUAUCAAACGAUGCGCGAGUGCAGCAAGCCGGGUGAGCUCUAUUCGAUUGACGUGAACAGCGUGAAUGCGGGCAUACCCUAUGCGGACAGUUUCAGUGUAUUGAUACACUUUUGUAUGGCGCGCACUGUGGACGAUCAUACCAUGCUGUCGGUGCACGCACAGAUCAAAUAUAAGAAAUCCAUUUGGGGCAUGGUCAAGGGCUUCAUCGAGAAGAAUACGUGGGCGGGUCUGGAGGACUUCUUUGGGGCGCAGCUGCAUGCGCUGCAGAGCGAGACGUGCAUACCGCCUGCCAAGGGCAAGGGACGGCGACCCAGACGUGGCAUAUUGGUUACAGCAACAGCAACAACAACAACAACAGCAACAGCUAGCAGCACGGACUAUGACAAGCAACAGCAACAUCUGCAACAUCAUCACCAUCAUCAGCAUCAUCAGCAUCCUCAUCACCAUCAUCAUCAUCACCAUCAUCGUCACCAUCAUCAUCACCAUCCACAUCGCCAUCCUCAUCAUCAUCUGCAGCAUCAGCAACAGUUGCCGGCGUCGCCUCAACAACAUUUGCAAAUCCAUCCGCAGCAACAAAUUCACCGUAAGGCCAAAUUGCUCUCAUGUUCAGGCACCUCGACACAGUCAAGGGGCGUGACGGAGGAGUCGAACAGCGGAGGCGCCUCACAGAGCUGCCUGCCCGACUCGAUGGACAACUGGGACUCACAGCUGCAAACUGGCGCAGCUGGUGGCCUGGCACAUGGAGCCGCUGGUGGCAGUGGCGGCGCCAGCGGCGGCAAGCAGCAGCAAUUGACAGCUCAGCAAUUGUUGCAGCAACAGCAGCAGCAGCAGUUGCUGGCCAGCGGCCUGCAAGUGGGCCGAGAUAGAUUCCGGCAUCCCGGCCUGUCGCUGUUUCUUAUAUUGUUAAUGUGCUUGCUGCUGGCAUUAAAUGUGAUAUUAUUACUUAAGCUCUGGAAGCUGGAGGAACACAUUGACCUCGAUCUCAGUCGGCGGGCGCGCAUGCCCACCUUGGCGGCACUCAAGGAAUUACCGAGUUCAAACCAAGAUUGGCUGGAACUGAUGCGACAGCAGGAGCUGUCGCACGAGUCGGAGCUACGCAAAUGGCAUCAGGUGCUUCAAACGGCCAUCGAGCUGCUGAAAAAGACUGAAAAGACUUUGGCUGAAGUCAUGAUACCCUAGCAGUCCUUUCAGCACAACACAAAACUCCACUCACAAAUCCCGCAACCCCAUAGAAAUUGAAGUUUAAGAAAAGUAAUUGAUCUAGCAGAAACAUUCGCUUAGUUCCUUUUGGUACUGAAAGAACUAAGAAGAAGCGUGAGGCCACCAAAUAAUUGAAAUUGAAUUUCAAAAACAUUAGUCACAAAAUAUUAAGAGAAAGAGAGAGAGCUAGAGCGAAAUAUUUGUGUUAUUGUGUUAAGCCUUUUAGUUUCGUCCCUCAGUUAGGCUCUAUUCAGAUGUAUAUAUAAAUAUAUGUGUGUAUUUAAUAAUUAAUGAAUUUACAGUUUAUUUAUAGUUAUACAUUUAGUUAAAAGCCUAAAUUCGUUUUUAGUCGGCUGCAUUUAUGUUUAAUUCAAUGUUGGGCGAAUGCUUUAAAACAAAAAUCAAUUGAAAGUAUUUCAAUACAAAAAUACACACACAAUCGCGUCACACACACAUACACAUGCAUACUCACAUGCAUACCAGCAACAAGAAGAUUAAAAAAAAGAUACAAAUAAUAAAAGCGCCUUGAAUUUUUGUUUUAAAAAAUUCAUUUCCAUGUCUGAUAAGCGCAAAGUAAAUCGAAAUUAUUUUGUAAUUUUGAUAAAGAAAACUUUACCAGAUUUAAAACAGAGAAUACAAUAUUAUAUUUAACUGAACAAAAACAAAUAUUUCUGUACAAUAUUUUUGUAAAAACCGCAGACUUUUUUACAAUCUAUAAAAAUGUAUCUUCGAUUUGGGUUUUCAUGAUUUUUGGAACACCUCCUAACCCGUUGUUUUAACAGUCGAAAGAUAAAAUGUUAAGCAUCAUUGAUGGCUUAUAUAUAUGAUAUAUACGUAUGAAUAUAUUUAUAUAUAUAUAUAUACGAUUACUACACAUAGAUCCAAGUAUUCUUAGUUUGUAGCUGUUGCAUUUUAAUGUCAAAAUGUAUGUGAACAUGUUAAGGAAUAAGUCUAGUGCUAGGCAUAUGCCAAUGCAUGUUGUUGGCGAGAAUCCUACUUAUAGAGUAUAUAACAAACCCAACAUAUUAUGUGAAAAGCAAAAAACCAAGCUUCAAAUUAUUUAAAUGCUAAUU